UUUUACAAGGUACUGGUGUCGUUCAGGGAAAAUCUCCUGUAGUAUAUAAGGCACCCAGAGAUGAACCAGGGUCAUCACUUCAGUCACCGACGGUCAGUCGAUCCGAGCCAAGCUUCAUAAAAAUAUAAAGUAUUUACUGAUAGAAUUUUCACUGUGGUCACCAGUUUUUGCUCGCAGAUUGACGAGUUUUAGAGAGAAAUCGCUCAUUUUCAAAAUGGUGCUCAGUGGCUCUCAUCACUUCCGAGUGGCAACAUUCGCAGCCUUCUUUGCAUUCGCAUUUGCGCAAAACUUGGAUGUGAACACUUUCCAACAAACACUCGAGAACGGAUGUCUUUGUGGCCGAGCUUUUUAUUCUGGACAGAGAGAGAAAAUUAGGUUGAACACAAUCAAACGAUGCGCCGAAGCAUCUUCCAUUACCGUGAAGCCGUUUGUACCCUCAGUACCACUCGCCAAGGAAUGUCCGGAGAUGGCAAUCGCUACCUACGGAAGGCUGAAGGAAUUCGCGACAUGGAGGAAAGAGUCUUAUGCAAAUAAUUCAGCGGCUGGAAGUGCAUUCGAUCACUGCUUGUACAGGGCACUCGGCUACGAAAAGGAAGACGGCUCAGUUGACCACGAAAACUUUCACAAACUGUUGAUCGAGGGCUAUUCGAAAGUGCCGGGCUUGAGAAAGAACAUCAAGGCUUUGGAAUUGCUGAAACAAAUCACUAGCGCGGCGAAGAGCGAUCAGUGCAAAGCUAUCACGGGUCAAAUUCCAACGAAUGCACAUGAUACCGGAGACCCGCGCACAGCUGAUAGUAGACCUUCUCCGGAGUCACACUCACUCUCCUGGGGCAGCGUUUAUGGCUGCUAUCCCUUGUUUCAAAUGUGUACGGCCAGCGACAUUACCCAUGGACAGGUUACUCUUAGCCUGAGGCGAGAUUUCGUCUACAAUGCCGGUUUCCCGGCUUCAAAUGCUGCUGCGUCCAUCGGACGUCAGACGCUGGUCUCUCAUCCUGUCCUCAUAGAUCCUUGUCUUGGGUUCUUGGGAAUUCGGGUGUCCGAGGCUUCGGUGGUUCCUGUGGACUCUGCCUUGACAUUGUGGCAGGCCUGCAAGCAAUGGAGUGGUCGUCAGACACUGGUGGUGUUGUCUCUGGCGUUUGUCGACUUUUGCGGCUUUGCCUGCUUAUCUAUCAUGGGACCAUUUUUUCCUGCCGAGGCAUGUAUUUUCUCCGUUUCUUCUAUCAAGUACUGGAAUUCAUUUGCUCAAGCCGAGGCAAAAGGAGUUUCACCACAUGUGAUAGGAUUAAUCUUCAGUUCCUAUGCCUUCACCACGUUUGUUAUGUCUCCUGCUUGGGGGAGAAUCGUUCCUAAACUUGGUCCAAAGGCAGUAGUGAUGACCGGUGGAACACUUACGGCUACUGCUUGCAUUAUUUUCGGAUUUCUCUACCUCAUUCCAGACACUGUAGGUUUUGCUGCGGCUUGUUUCGUGGUUAGGAUCAUCGAAGCCAUGGGAUUCGCAGCUUACAACACAGCCUUAUUCACAAUUGUGGCCUGUAUGUUCCUGGAGACCAUGGGCAGUGUCAUGGCACUUCUGGAAGUGAUGAUUGGACUUGGGUUGGCGAUUGGUCCUGUGAUGGGCAGCGCUCUUUAUGCAGCAGGUGGAUAUUAUCUCCCUUUUUUGGCGCUGGGAUGCUUGCUACUUAGCAUUUGCAUUGUGAUGUUUUUGGCUGUUCCUUCGUCGAAAGAUUUGUCUAUCAAGAGGACGACUGGACAGGAAAUGUCUGUGUGGAAAAUUCUCGGAUACCUGCCUACCUUUUUGGUGUGUUCAGCAGUUUUUGGCGACGCUUUGGGAAUAGCAUAUGUCAUACCUACUCUCACGAAUCACCUUGCUGAGAUUGGAUUGACAGAGGUUGAGUCUGGAUACAUGUUCGCGUGUCACCUGAGCUUCUACACAAUCGUGGCACCCAUUUCUGGGCAUUUGUCUGAUAAAUACCCGAAAAAGAGGUACUUGUUGAUGGGCAUCGGGUUGGUGAUUUAUGCUGUGGGGUAUAUCAUCAUUGGACCGUCUCCCGUGUUUGUUGGCUUGCUUCAAAAGACAACUGGGCAGGAAAUGUCUGUUUGGAAAAUUCUCGGAUACCUGCCGACCUUUUUGGUGUGUUCAGCAGUUUUUGGCGACGCUUUGGGAAUAGCAUAUGUCAUACCUACUCUCACGAAUCACCUUGCUGAGAUUGGAUUGACCGAGGUUGAGUCUGGAUACAUGUUCGCGUGUCACCUGAGCUUCUACACAAUCGUGGCACCCAUUUCUGGGCAUUUGUCUGAUAAAUACCCGAAAAAGAGGUACUUGUUCAUGGGCAUCGGGUUGGUGAUUUAUGCUGUGGGGUAUAUCAUCAUUGGACCGUCUCCCGUGUUUGUUGGCUUGCUUCAAAAUUCUCUGGCUAUCAACAUCAUUGGGCUGUUCGUGAUCGGAUUCGCCUCAGCUUUCACUCUGGUGCCAACCUUCCAAGCCUUGAUUGACUGUGCUGGAGAACUGGGCUAUGAGAACAAUGUUGCUACAUAUGCGUUCACAGGAGGUCUAUGGAAUGCUGCAUUUUCACUUGGAGAACUGGGCUAUGAGAACAAUGUUGCUACAUAUGCGUUCACAGGAGGUCUAUGGAAUGCUGCAUUUUCACUUGGUGACAUGUGUGGACCGGCGAUGGCUGCAUCUUUGACGGAAGAAUUCGGAUUCCCUAUAGCAACAACUGCUUGUGCGGCAAUUCUCAUAACUCUGGCGAUACCCAUGCUGAUGCAUCAUGCGUGGAGAAGCGUGCGGGACAUGAGGGUUUCCUGGGUGUCUGAACCAUCUGAAUUUUGGCAAGAAACGCAACCCCUUCUCUCCUCCGAAUCUGCAUCUUUCAAAACCAUUUGAAAAUAAUACAUCAUUAUACUGCCGUGACGCUUUGCAUUUCUAUGAAGCAGCGUACGUCCGACUCCUUUUUUGAAUGAAGUGUCAAAUUGAAAUGAAAAAAGCAGAUCAGUGACGGAAACUUUUGUGAGGAUUGGCCGACGUGGAAUGCAACGAAAUUCGGGAAAUUCAAUGGUGUGACCCUGUUUGUUUUUUUAUUCCUCAUGACUGUACUGUAUAUGUUUUAUCACUGUUGUCGUUGUUGUGUUGUAAUUGAAGCUGUGGACAGAAGGGAUCUUGGUGCGAGAAAUA